UGCACUCUUAGCGACUUAUUAAUGAAUGUGCCACGUUCUCUAGUGGCUUAAUGCAUAGAUUUUAUCCAUACAUAGCAGGUGGAUGACAUGAAUCUAUGCGUUGCAUACUAUCGAAAAUUGUUGCCACCACCUUAACCAUGGCGUCGGAUUCCUUGAGCAUUAUUGGUAUAUUUUUAGGCAAUUGUUUGAGGGGCAGUUUGAGGUGCGUGCAUGACCUCACAAAAGAGUUUUGUUUGACUUUGUUCUAACGAGCCAUCGCCAUCGCCGCCGACCAACGUCCAUCGUCGACGACUAAUGAGAGGCAAACAUGAGGCAAAGGCAAGCCGCUGGAGCAGCUAGCAGCUGGCUAUGCCGAUGCCGAUGCCAUAGCAUGUUAGUAGGCAGCCUGGCGGAGCGACAUGAACAUAUCCAGCCUGCUACACUUUGAGUCGAUGAAGUACAGCGGUGCCCAGACGCAGGCGGCGGCCAUCAAUCAGUUUGUGGCGAGCGCACUGCGCCUGUUCAUCGAGGACUUUUACCAGAGCCUAGCGCCCGCCUUCAUUGUGAUCCUGUCCUGCCGCCGGCCCAGUCCGCUCAAUUUCUAUCGGAACAUCAUGCAGCUGCUGUACGAGAGCGUGGACACAAUGAUCAUUCAGCUGGUGCAUCACAAUCACAAUCAGAGCCAGAGCCGGCAACGCAUCGAGGGGCCACGUACGCACAAUCUGCUGCUGGUGGACUCGCUGGACGCACUCCUGGACAUUGAGAUCCACACGUACACGGCUCAGUCGGAUGCCAGCGAGUAUUAUUUCAUAUUCCUGCAGCAGCGGGAUGCCCUCAUACCGCAGGACAUGCGGGGCGUGUUCGCCUACUGCUGGCGCCAUCAGCUCAUCAACUGCAACGUGAUGACCCAGAGCUCCGGCGGACAGGUGGUCCUCCACACAUACUUUCCGUAUGCGGCCCACCAUCAGUGCGGCAACACAGUGCCCACGCAGAUCAAUCAGUUUGCGAACGGAGAGUGGCAGCAUCGCGACUUCUUCCCCGCGAAGCUGCGCAACCUGCAGCAGUGUCCGCUGGUGGUGCUCGCCCGUCGUGUCCUGCCGUUCUUCGAUGUGGAUGGGCGUCAGCAGCUGAGGGGCCUGGAGGGUCGCCUGCUCCUGGAGCUGGCCAAGCGGAUGAACUUUAGCAUAAGCUUCAGGGGACUGCAGGAGCAGCAGGACAGUCACACCACCUGGACGGAGCAGCAGCUGUUGCAGCAGUUGAUGCAGGACCGCAUCGCCCAUCUGGCCAUCGGUUAUGUGCGGAAGCGGAUCCAAUAUGCCGCCAAUCUGACGGCCGUGUUUCCACACUACUCCAACAAGCUGGUCAGCUGCCUGCUGCUGAACUCCCACAAUCUGACCAGCCUGGAGAUCUGGUUCUUUCCCUUCCAGACCGUUGCCUGGCUCUUUUUGUUGCUCUUCGGCAGCUGGCUGUGCUUCACGCUGGUCGUGCGGGCUAUGUACUCGGCGCUGCUCUAUCUGAUCCUGCGCUACCAUGUGCACCAGGCGCUGCCGCGCAGCCUUGUGGAGCUGGUGGAGCGCGGCUAUACGGCCGUAAUGAGUCGCAUCACAAUGCAGGACCUGCGCGUGGUGUCCAGCCUGCGGCAGUUAAUAAGCCUGCGCUCCGUGAUUGUCGCCUCCGAGCUGGACGAUGAGAUACUGCGACGGCUGGAUCAGUGCUCGGAGGAAGCAUUGGCGGGCACACAUCCGCACUUCUUCGGACUGCUGGCGCAGGACGCACUGAUGCAUCUCACCCAGCGCGGCCACAAGGCGGGCGCCUACUACAUUGUGCCGCAGUACGUUCUGGAGCAGCAGCUGGCCAUCUAUCUGCCGAAGCACUCGCAUCUGGUGGUGCAGUUCGACCACCUGGUCAUGUCCAUUCGCGCCGUCGGCCUCUUGCACUACUGGGCCGGGCAAUUGGCCAGCGAACAGUACUUUCGCAGCACGUUCCUGUACCGAGAGAAGAGCAUCAGGCAGCCGGAUCUCUGGGGCAUUUACGUGAUUGCUGCCGCCCUAUACUUUUGCUCACUGAUCGUGUUCUUUUGGGAGCUCAUAUCGGUUAGGUGGGGUCGCACUUCAAGCAAGAGAAUAAAACCCCUUGUUUUUUUUUUUAAUCGAACAAAUUUAAAAUAA